AACACUGCGAGCAAAUGUUGCAGCGGUUGUAGAUGUACCCGAGAGAGGAACAGGCCAAGAGAAGCCGGACGUGAAGCGGCGCAUAUGCAUUCACCUUCGAUGCAUGGUAAGUUCACACAGUCAGGCGGACGGGAGCAUUGACGUCGGGCGAGACUGAGUUUGAAUUUAAGUGGACUCUCGUCCUCUUCAACGUUGUCGUCAGUCUCUGUCGCGUCGCCGAUCUCGCAGCCCCCCCUUCCCCCUUCCUCAGAUACUGUCGGUUCCUAGCAUAGCAUGUCCCGCGUCGCUCUUUCUGCCCUCUUGGCCUUUUCUACCAUAGCUAUUGCCCAAGACCCAACUGGCACUGAGCCGCUCACCGACAAGUCAUUCACCUACCCCACGGGCAUUCCGUACCAAGUCGAUCCCAACGAUGGGCUUCGUGGCCCACAGUCCGGGUACAACAUUUGCAACUCGACCACGGAGGGGCCCGCCUCUGAGUGCCAGACCGGCUUUAUCAACCACAUCAAUGACUGGUGUGUUUGGGCCCCGCCGACUGGCCCUACCACCAUCGGUGAAUCUGAAGGCCAGGAAGUCGCGUGGUGCACCCAACCUGGACGUGGCACGCGUCUCAUCCCCGCCGGCGCCAUCACUGGCGUUCAGUUCCUUCGCGCACCCUCCUACCUCGAGGUCAUCGCAUUUAUUGACCAGUCGAUGCUCAACAUACAGGCCAACGACUCUGGCGGCGAGCUUGACCCUCACGGGGCCGAUCUGCGUGGAAACCCCAUCGGUGGUCUUGUGUUCUCGAACAAUCUCCCCCAGAGCGGCAACGGUGACAACAACACCUUCGUUCAGGUUGAAGAAUGGCAUAACUUCAUCGGCUCCAACCUCUCCUGCUUCAAGGCUUGUGACCCGAAGGAUCCUAACGCUGGCAACUACUGUUUCAACCGCCUCGAUCGUGUUGGUAUCGACUAUGUGUGCCCAAAUCAAGCACAGAACAACUCCUUCGUGAUGUGCGACUCCGACAACCAGCUCUUCCCCGGCGUGUACACCACCGACGGUAUCACUACUUCAUAUACCCAGCCACCUGACUCGGUCCCUAUCGGCACCCUCCCGUACACCCCAAUCAUCCCUUCGUCGUCGAACUGCGUGACCUUCCAGUCGUCGGACCUCUUUGCUCAGCUUCCCACUCCCUCUGGCGCAAGCUCGGCCCCCGCUGCUACCUCUUCGGGUGCGUCAGCGGGCUCUGGCUCUGGCUCUGUUACACCAUCCCGCACUGGCGCGUCCUCUACCGGCACCGCAUCCCCCACCGGUGGUGCUCAGAACAGCGGCGCCGGCUCCCUUCGUGUAUCUGUCUUUGCCACGAUGGCGGGUGUGGUCUUCGCUAUUGCCUUCUUCGCCUAAAACAGACACUACCCAACUUCACGAACACAUUCUACUCUCGCGCGGACGAUGUUUGGCUAUCUUUCGCUGUUUCCUUAACCGCCUCUGUUGUUUUGUACUUGACGCACAGACGGACGUCUAGGUCGAUUUGGACAUGUACAUCUAGCUGUAGAGUAUUGUAUUGCAUACACUCGUCACCUCAUCGUUCCUCAAUACAUACUGUCGUCUUUGUUCACUAAGGUUAUCACACGUCGUCCCAGCC